UCUGUCCGACAUUAUUUAUCAUCCGUGUGGAAAACAACCUCAGAUAGUCGCACGAGCCUCAGCUGAGCACAUUUCACGGGUGUACUCACCUGUCAGUAUGUUGACGUAUCGAGGCGUUAAUCUCUCCUGACACCGACACCCGGUCGGUAUAAGUAUCACCGGUUUACGGUUUAAGAAGCGACCGUGUUAACUGGCGGCUUUGAACCAACGCGUCCGUUGUUUUCGUAGUUGUUGAAAAUAGGAAGAGAACACGUAGCUGCCAUCGUGAAUGCCGCAUUGUUUAAUUUGUAUAGUAUAUAUUAUUAUGUAUAUGAGAGGGGUUGACACUUCAUUACAAAAUUAAACCAAGCGGCAUUCACGAGGACCGCUAUACGUGAAAAGUCGCCAGUUAACAGGGUCGCUUGUUAAACCGUAACACCGGGCAGCUCCGCGGUCACCGUGACGCACCGACGCAGCUCGCAGUGUUCCCGGUGUCUGACCAUGUUGGGACCUCUGACGCCUAGAAGUCGUUUUAUUGAAGUGUUUCUCAAAGCGUUUGCGCAGACAAACAGACCUCGGUGUGCCUCAACCAGCCGCCAGCCGGAGCACAUCCGCACAUUUAUUUCAGAGAACACGGAAGUAGUUGGAAAGCAAAGUUUGACGCCAGAGAUUAAACUGAGGCUCUUCACCCCGACCUGCAGAUUCUGGAGGGAAAGACCCGAGCUGUGGCCGUUUGAUGACCCGUACUGGGCCAUAUACUGGCCAGGAGGUCAAGCGCUCUCACGAUAUCUCCUGGAUAACCCUGCAGUGUGUCGGAGUAAGACGGUUCUGGAUCUGGGCAGCGGCUGUGGAGCCUCAGCCAUCGCUGCAACACUAUGUGGUGCUGCUCAUGUAGUUGCCAAUGACAUUGACACUGUUGCAGCUGUCGCGACCCACAUGAACUGUGAGCUUAAUGGCCUGCAGCCUCCUGUUUGUCUGAGCCACAACAUGAUUGGCUCGCCACCCAAGGGCUUUGACCUGAUCCUCCUGGGGGACAUGUUCUAUGACGAGGCCCUCGCCACCAGCCUUCACAGCUGGCUGGAUCACUGCAUCCGCACCCACGGCACCAAAGUCCUGAUCGGAGAUCCUGGAAGAGCCCAGUUUGAAGAACACCGCAUCCGAAGACUCUUGCGUCAGCUGGCUCAGUUUGAGUUGCCUGAGUCUGUCCGAGAGGAGAACUAUGGUCUGACCUGCAGCAGUGUUUGGUGCUAUCACCCUGAACUCUCAGGACCUUAGAGGAUCCUCCGUGCCUUCUUGUUUGAAUGUGGACACAUGUACUGACUGUGAGGCUAAAGGUUGUACCUGAA